CCGAGAGGGCGGGGCUCCAAGGGCAGCCUGACAAGGGGAUGUGGGUCGGGAGUGAGGGGCGCCAGUGGAGUGGGGACUUGCCUCCCACGACGUCAGCAGCCCACACUCCUUGGGGGUGAGGACCGAGGCGUCCGGCCGGGGUGCUAAGCAGCGGAGGCCGAGGUCGGGGGCUGGAUGGAGACCGGAGCUGCUUCCGUCUGGCCCGGACACCUGGAUUCAGUGCCUGUGACAUCAUGGCCUCCUGUGAUGUCUGGGCCCACUUGGCUGCCUCCAAAGCUAGCAGGGGGCUCCCCACAACCCCCCAGGACAGUCCCCACUGGCCCCCUGGAGACCAAUGGUACCCCGGCCCCUGAGGGCCCCAAUCCACGCUACCCAGAAGUCCCCAGGGCUGGACGGAUUGGAUACACCAUGCAAGGCUCCACCCCGGACCGGGGCGCCAGCAUUGACUCCCAGAUCGACUCGCUCACCACCAUGUUGGCUGACCUGGAGAGCGCGGCACCCUCCCACUGGGGUGGGGCCAGGCAGAAUUAUGACCUCAGUGCGUACAGGCCCAGCAAUGCCAAGAUGUCCGGGUCAUUGACCAUUGGGGAGGUGCCCCCUGCCUAUGGGGCAGGGGCACCACGGAGGUACCCUCAGCCCACCCCGGCAUCCUACGCUACAGCCUUGACCCCCUUGAGCCCUGCCUUCAAUGUCCAAGUCAAGGUGGCCCAACCCGUGCCGGGCUACAGUCGGCCCCAGCACCGGGCUGACGCACCUCCCCUGGCCAGCAGGGGGCAGGAGACCCCCAGGGGGUGGAGCCCAGGGCCCAGGGCCCCAUAUCUGUGCAAAGAGGAUUGUGCUGGACCCAUCAAGGCGCCCCUUGGUGGUGGGGGAAGCUACCAGCAGCAGGUGCCCCUCCCUUGCCCUGAGGAUGAGCUGGACCGCCUCACCAAGAAGCUGGUCCAGGACAUGCAGAACCCACCACCGGGGGAGUACUUUGGGCGCUGCGGGACCUGUGGGGGGGCAGUGCAGGGGGCAGGGGCUGGCGUGGCUGCCCUGGGCCGCCUCUUCCAUGCCACCUGCUUUGUCUGCGUGUCCUGCCGCCGGCCCCUACGUGGCCUCCUCUUCUAUGCCCUGGACCGGCGCCCACACUGCGAGGCCUGCUAUGCGUUGACCCUGGAGAAGUGCUCAACAUGCUCACAGCCCAUUCUGGACCGGAUCCUGCGAGCAAUGGGCAAAGCCUUCCACCCACGCUGCUUCACCUGCGUUGUCUGUCGCCGUGGCCUGGAUGGCGUUGCCUUCACCGUGGAUGCCACCAGCCAGGUGCACUGCCUGGCCGACUUCCACCGGAAAUUCGCCCCCCGCUGCUCUGUGUGUGGUGACCCCAUCAUGCCUGAGCCAGGGCAGGAGGAGACAGUGCGGAUUGUGGCCUUGGACCGGAGCUUCCACAUAGGCUGCUACAAGUGUGAGGAGUGUGGGCUGCUGCUGUCAUCGGAGGGCGAGGGCCGGGGCUGUUACCCCCUGGAUGGGCACAUCCUGUGCAAGACAUGCAGUGCCCGGCGCAUCCAGGAGCUCUCGGCCACCGUCACCACCGACUGCUGAGCCCAUGCCCCCUCCCCACCUGGCUCCACCCCCUUCCCCUUAGGCUGACCUUGGAGCCAUGCCCCCUUUCAUCCAGCCCCACCCCCUUGGCAGCCAUCCCCUUAGCCCUCCCCCCUCCCUUGCUGUCCCAGCCUUCUGAUUACUCCCCCUAUCCAGCUAGGGGUGCUGAUAUCACAGGGGGUGGGGCCAGGACACAGCUGUGGUGGUGAUGUCACAGGGCGGGGCUUCUAGGGGGAACCCAGCCCUGCUCCCCUCCCAGGGUCUGUCCCUUUUGGGGUUCCCUGAGCUGGUCUCUGGGGAGGAGGGGGGUGGGUGGGAGCUCACAUGCCUGGGUCCUUCUUCUGCCCUUCUCCAUGUGUGUUGCCCCUCCACUAAGUGUGAAUUUUUUUGGGUGAAACAUUGGAAUUAAAGGGUCUUUAGCUUCUUCUUCAUCGGCACCAAUUAAGUCAUUACCAGUGGUAGGUUUUGGAACAGGAGCUGCACAGAAAUGACUGCCGUUGCUGACUUGGUAUUAAAUUUAUAGCUUCCUGCUUCUAUCUUGGGCCUAGUCUGGCUCCAAACCUUAGUUUGACUCCACAUCUCAUGGUACGGAUGGAUGGAGAUGGAAAGAAGUUGUGUUGAGUGGGUGGAUGGAGGGAUGGAAGGAUGGGUGGAUGAAGCAUGUGUGGAUGAACAGCCAGGUGGAUAGCUGAAUGCAUAGCUAUAGGGUGCGGAGUGGGUGGAUGGAUGGAUAGAGAUAGCAGGUGCAAACAUAGGAACGGAUGGAUAGAUACAUGGAUGGAGUGUCCACGUGUGUUGGGGUUUAGGGGUGGAUUGCAUGUGUGGAUAUAUUGACAUGGAUGGAUGGAGGGAAAGAUGGAAAUUUGGAUGGAGGGAUGGAUGGACAGAUACAUGGAGAGAGCAAGAUGGGCCUUUGGGUAGAAGGACUGAUGGACAAUUGGAGGGAUGGAUGUAUAGAUAGAUAGAGGUGGGGGGUGCAUGGAUGUGUGUGUGGGUGGAUGGCAUGUGUGGAUGGAUGGACAGAUAAUGGAUGGAGAUAGAGGAAUGGAUGGACAGAGAGAUGGAAGGAUGGCUAGAGGGGUGUGUGUGGCUGGAUGAACAGAGGUCAAUGGAUGGGGUACAGAGGGAUAGAAGGAUCGAUGCAUAAGAAGAUAAAGGGUGAAGAGGGAUGGAUGGAUGGCUAGCAGCAGGGGUGGCCAUCUCCCCUUCCCCCCCCCCCCCCCCCCGAGCGCUGUUUUCCUAGGGGCCUCAGGGCAUUUGCAAGGAAGUGAAUCACUUCCCCUCCAUCCCAGCCCCACAAAACAGGAACCAGGAGGAGGCACAUCAGCACCUCCGGAGGAAGCACCACAGGGAGGGGUCCAAUCCCAGACUGCUGGGUUCUUUGCAGCUCCGGGAGGGGAGGGGGCUGGAGGGUUAGAGUAGUGGGGCUGGAGGCCCAGACACCUGGGGUCUCUGGGAGGGGAAUGGGGGGAGGGGAGUAGGGGGCCCAGCAGGAGCACUGAAUUUGCACUCCAAACCGAAAUCCCUUGCUAGGUGAGGGACAUCCCUGAGAGUCUCCCAACCUUCUUUGCAGAGGCAGGAAAACAGCAGCUGUGUCUGUGCCCCCCCGCUCCCAUCCAGCUCACACCCCCACAUGUGCCUGCUUCCUCUUUAUAUGCUCUUAUUUUUUAAGUUUCUUCAUCACCAGCACAAAUUAUGUCAUUAUCAGUGACAGGUUUUGGAACAGGAGCUUCACAAGAAUGACUGCCAUUGCUGACUUGGAGUUAAAUUUAUAGCUUCCUACUUCCAUCUUGGGCCUAGUCUGGCUCCAAAUCUUAGCAUGACUCCACAUCUCAUGCUAUUGACGG